AUGACUGCCACUUCCAUCUCCCCUCACAAGGUCGCCAGUCGCAAUGUCAUCCUGCCCGCUCCCUCUCCCGACCCUGCUUCCAUCCGGUUACCGGACUCGCCUGAGAAGAAUAAUCUGACCUCCAACGAAAGGUCUCGUGGUCUUCGUCGACUGCAAUCCCACACUCAGCUCUCGUCGACCAGCAGUAUGGGCACCCAAUCCUCUAAUCUGAGACCACCUCGGUCUGGGCUCUCGACGAAACCCUCUCGCGAGCAGCUCAGUCUCCCUCAACCCUCUGUGGUACAAUCACACACCACCGUUGCAAACUCGGUCAGCUAUUCUCGCGCCCGCGCAAACAGCGAUGCUCCUCUACCUCAUGUGCCUCGCAACCGCAAGCCGCCGCCUACCCUACUCUCAAAUCCCUCCUCCAACCACAUUCUCACUCAUGCGCGCAAGUCUAGCCUUGAAAUGACCCUUCGUGAUGGUCCGCCGCCCGGAACCACCGCCGCUACCGCCCUCUCUUUGCUCCGGCAUUCCAUCCUCACCAGUGGCGUCAAUGCGACCAAAGAAGGCAUGUCCGACUAUCGAAUAUAUCUGUGGUUGACUCUUUUGAACAUUGGACCUCUCUCGACUGACAUAUAUCUCGAUCUCAUACACCGAAGUCGAAGUCCUGCAUAUGAGAAGAUCUCCAACGACGUCUUCCGCACAUUGGCAACCGACACUCUCUUCAAGCGGCGCGUUACCGAUGCAAGUCUGACCCGACUGUUGAAUGCAACUGCCUGGCGAAUACAUGAUGAACAGUCCUCCGACCCCCCAUCCGAGUUUGCCCAGAGGUAUCCACAAUCUACUUACCUCCAGGGCAUCAACGUGCUCUCUGCCCCGCUCCUGUACGCAUCUCGCUCGGAAGCUCAGGCAUACGCGAUCCUGACAAGCCUACUGACUGAACAUAUUCCGACCUACCUCUCCCCGACCAUGUCAGGCGUGCAUAGAGGACUUGACCUCAUUGACCGAAUCCUGUCAGAGAUAAACCCGACCCUCUCAUCCUUCCUGCUCAGCAAGUCCUUACCGGCCAAGAUCUACGCCUUCCCUUCCGUGUUGACGCUGUGUGCCUGUACCCCACCUCUUCCAGAAGUCCUGAAACUAUGGGAUUUUCUGUUCGCGUUUGGCGUGCACCUGAACGUCAUCUGUGUAGUUGCACAGCUCCUGUUGCUGAAGGAUAAACUUCUUGGAGAACCCAGCCCUGCGAAGAUGCUGCGAAGUUUUCCGAACCUGAAUGCUGAUGAGGUGAUUAAGAUGACGGUGUGGAUCGUCAGGGAGCUGCCUGAAGAACUGUACCGCGAUGUGGUUUUGCAUGGCCGGGAGGUUUCGUAA